UCGCUCCCACCGGCUGCGAGGAGCAGCUGAUCGCGGACAGGAGCUCUGACGUCUGGGCCUUUUCUGCAGUGAGGACUGAGGACAUCUCGCUCACAUCUCUGCGCGCAGCGAAUACCCCGAAUGGCCCAUCUGUGCCGGGGCACCUCCCACCUGUGGAGCAGUUCCAGGACGCGGUGGCAGAGAUGUUUAGGCUGCGAUGACAGUGAGAGGAGAAGCGCUGGAGUGAGUGUGUGGACGUUCUGGAGGGAGCUCCGCGGACGGCGACUGUGCCUUUGAAGGAGACUACGCCGUGCCCCCGCUGCCCGUGAGCGAAGGCAUGCAGCACAUCCGCGUCAUGGAAGGCGUGUCCCGCUCGCUGCCCUCGUCCCCGCUGCUCGCCCACCAGACCAUCAGCGUGCGGCUGCAGCCCAUGAAGAAGCUCACAGGGGAGUCCACCCAGGAGCUGGGUCCCCCCCCGUCGGUGGACGAGGCGGCCAACACCCUGAUGACGCGGCUCGGCUUCCUGCUGGGAGAGAAAGUGAGCGAAGGGCAGCCGGGGGUGCGGUUCACCAUGGAGGAGCAGGACGACAGCCAGGGUGUGGCAGCGACCCAGCGGAUCAGCCCCUGCUCCACGUUGACCAGCAGCACUGCCUCGCCACCGGCCAGCAGCCCCUGCUCCACGCUGCCCCCCGCUGGCCCCGGGAACCCCGGCAGCAGAGACUGCGCCUAUGGCUCCGUGACAAGCCCCACGUCGACGCUGGAGAGCCGGGACAGCGGCAUCAUUGCCACCCUGACGAGUUACUCUGAGAACAUGGAGAGGGGCGGUAAACACGGCGAGGGCUACCGGGGCAACCUGAAGCUGUGGCAGUCCCAGAAGUCAGGCAUGGAUUCCUGCUUGUACCGCGUGGACGAGAACAUGACCGCCUCCACCUACAGCCUCAACAAGAUCCCCGAUAGGAACCUGGAGAGCAUCUCGUGCCACUCGGUUCAGUCGAUCCCCCUGUACCUGAUGCCUCGGCCCAACUCUGUGGCAGCCACCAGUUCGGCUCACCUGGAAGACCUGGCCUACCUGGACGAGCAGAGACACACCCCGCUGCGUACGUCCCUGCGGAUGCCGCGGCAGACCGUGGUGACCGGCCGUUCCGGGCAGGACCUGAGAGUGCGCUUCGCUCCCUACCGCGCCCCGGACAUCUCCCUGAAGCCCCUGCUCUUCGAGGUGCCCAGCAUCACCGUGGACUCGGUGUUCACGGGCCGAGACUGGCUCUUCCAGGAGAUCGACGCCCGGCUGAGCAGCUCCGACGGCAGCACCAACCGCGGCGUCGUGGUCGUGGGCAACAUCGGCUACGGCAAGACGGCCAUCGUCUCGCGCCUGGUGGCGCUCAGUUGCCACGGCACCCGCAUGCGUCAGAUCGCCUCCGAGAGCCCCCACGCAUCGCCCAAACACGCCGAGGGCGUUCCCCUGAGCCAGCCGCAGCCCCCCCACGGUACGCUGGGCGGGGGCAGUUGUCCCGGGACGCCCGAGAUGAGACGGCGCCAGGAGGAGGCCAUGAGGAGACUGGCGUCUCAGGUGGUGGCGUACCACUACUGCCAGGCGGACAAUGCCUACACGUGCCUGGUGCCGGAGUUUGUGCACAACGUGGCGGCGCUCCUGUGCCGCUCCCCUCAGCUCGUCGCCUACCGGGAGCAGCUGCUGCGGGAGCCCCACCUGCAGAGCGUGCUGAGCCUGCGCUCCUGCGUCCAGGACCCCCUGGCCUCUUUCACACGGGGCGUCUUGGAGCCCCUAGAUGCCCUCUACAAAGAGAGAAAAAUCACAAGCAAUGAAGACCUCAUCGUCUUGGUUGACGGGCUCAACGAGGCCGAGUUCCACAAGCCGGACUACGGAGACACCAUCGUCUCCUUCCUGAACAGAACCAUCAGCAAAUUCCCUCCUUGGCUGAAGCUCGUGGUGACCGUGAGGACCACACUGCAGGAGAUCACCAAGCUUCUCCCCUUCCAUCGCAUCUCGCUGGACCGCUUCGAGGAGAACGAGGCCAUCGACCAGGAUCUACAGGGCUACAUCCUUCACCGCAUCCACAGCAGCCCAGAGAUUCAGAACAACAUCUCGCUCAACGGCAAGAUGGACAACGCCACCUUCGGCAAACUGAGCGCCCACCUGAAGGCCCUAAGCCAGGGCUCCUACCUGUACCUGAAGUUGACCUUUGACCUCAUUGAGAAGGGCUACCUGGUGCUGAAGAGCUCCAGCUACAAGGUGGUGCCGGUCAACCUGGCCGAGGUCUACCUGCUGCAGUGCAACAUGCGCUUCCCCACACAGUCGUCCUUCGAGCGCGCGCUUCCGCUGCUCAACGUGGCCGUGGCCUCGCUGCACCCGCUGACGGAUGAGCAGAUCCACCAGGCCAUCAACGCUGGGGCUGUCCAGGGCACCCUGGAGUGGGAGGACUUCCUGCAGCGCAUGGACAACCUGGCCAUGUUCCUGGUGAAGAGGCGUGAUGGCACGCGCAUGUUCGUGCACCCGUCCUUCAGGGAGUGGCUCAUUUGGAGGGAGGAGGGUGAGAAGACCAAGUUCCUCUGUGACCCCAGGAGCGGUCACACACUGCUGGCCUUCUGGUUCUCGCGCCACGAAGGCAAAUUGAACAGGCAACAGACCAUCGAGCUGGGCCACCACAUCCUCAAAGCGCACAUCUUCAAGGGCCUCAGCAAGAAGGUCGGCAUCUCUUCCUCCAUCCUGCAGGGCCUUUGGGUCUCCUACAGCACAGAAGGCCUCUCUUCUGCUCUGGCUUCGCUGCGAAAUCUCUACACGCCGAACAUCAAGGUGAGCAGGCUGCUGAUGAUGGGCGGAGCCAACGUGAACUACCGGACGGAGGUGCUGAACAACGCGCCGAUCCUGUGCGCGCACGCCCACCUGGGCUACAUGGACAUGGUGAACCUGCUGCUGGAGUUCGGCGCCUCUGUGGACGCCACCUCGGAGAGCGGACUCGCGCCGCUGGGCUACGCCGCAGCCUCGGGACACCUGCCCAUCGUGACGGCGCUGUGCCGCAGGAGAGCCAAGGUGGACCAUCUGGACAAGAAUGGCCAGUGCGCCCUGGUGCACGCUGCCCUCCGAGGCCACAUGGAGGUGGUCAAGUUCCUCAUCCAGUGCGACUGGACCCUGGGAGGCCAGCAGCAAGGGGUCUUCAGCAAGAGCCUCGCUGUUCAGCAGGCGCUCGUCGCAGCAGCCAGCAUGGGCUUCACAGAGAUCGUGUCUUACCUGCUGGACUUGCCAGAGAAGGAUGAGGAGGAGGUGGAGCGUGCGCAGAUCAACAGCUUCGACUCACUUUGGGGAGAGACAGCUCUCACGGCUGCGGCAGGGAGAGGCAAGCUGGACGUGUGUCGGCUGCUGCUGGAGCAGGGAGCGGCUGUGGCGCAGCCCAACCGGCGCGGGAUCGUGCCCCUCUUCAGUGCCGUCCGCCAAGGCCACUGGCAGAUCGUGGACGUGCUGCUGACCCACGGCUCGGACGUCAACGUGGCGGACAAGCAGGGCCGCACCCCGCUCAUGGUGGCGGCUUCCGAGGGCCACCUGGGCACCGUGGAGUUCCUGCUGGCGCAGGGAGCCUCCCUGCCCCUGACGGACAAGGAGGGGUUGACUGCGCUCAGCUGGGCGUGUCUCAAGGGCCACCUGCCCGUGGUGCGAGCCCUCGUGGAGAGGGGGGCGGCAACAGACCACGCCGACAAGAACGGGCGCACGCCCCUGGACCUGGCGGCCUUCUAUGGCGAUGCGGAAGUGGUCCAGUUCCUCGUGGAUCACGGCGCCGUGGUCGAGCACGUGGACUACAGCGGCAUGCGGCCCCUGGACCGUGCGGUCGGCUGUCGCAACACUUCCGUGGUGGUGGCCCUGCUCAAGAAGGGAGCCAAGAUAGGAUGUCAGACGCUCCCCAGUCGGCCUCGAGGUCCAGCAACUUGGGCGAUGGCCACCUCAAAGCCGGACAUCAUGAUCAUCCUGCUGAGCAAGCUCAUCGAGGAAGGGGAUGGCUUCUACAAGAAGGGGAAAGUGAAGGAGGCUGCCCAGCGCUACCAGUAUGCUCUGAAGAAGUUCCCUCGCGAGGGCUUCAGCGAGGACCUCAAGACGUUCCGCGAACUCAAAGUGUCCCUGCUGCUGAACCUGUCGCGCUGCCGCAGGAAGAUGAACGACUUUGGGAUGGCCGAGGAGUUUGCCAACAAGGCCCUGGAGCUGAAGCCCAAGUCGUACGAGGCCUACUACGCCAGAGCUCGAGCCAAGCGCAGCAGCAGGCAGUUCCAAGAAGCUCUUGAGGACCUGAAUGAGGCCAUCAAACAAUGUCCCAACAACCGGGAGAUUCAGCGGCUCCUGCAGCGUGUUGAGGAGGAGUGCAGGCAGGUCACGCAGCAACAGCAGCAGCAGCAUCAGCAAGAGCUGGACGAGGAGCCGCCCUCAUCCUCGCCUGCUCCUCCACCCCCAGCAGAGGAGCUGCCCCCAUCCCCGGUCCCACCCCCGGAGCCACGGCUGGAGGACAUGGAGCCGGUGCAGGACCUUUUUGAGGACGAGGACUACUUGGAGCAGGAGCUGGAGAGCAUGACCAUCGGCCUGCCGCCAGAGCCUAGAGCCAGUCCAGCCAGCUUGCCCAUCAUCCAGAGCCCCCCGUCCUCACCAGCCCACCGUGACUCCGCCUACCUGUCAGGGGGCUCCCCUCUGGGCCAGGCCUUUGACUUCCGGCCUAGUCCGACCUCUAUGUCGUCACCCACCCGACAGGGCUACCAGUCGACGUCACCGUCCCUCUCCCCCACGCACCAGAACUCCCACUACAGGCCAAGCCCGCCGCAUACCUCCCCAGCACACCAGGUUUCCUCCUACCGGUUCAGCCCCCCACCCUUAGGUGCUGGAGGGGGAGGAGGGGUAGGAAGCGGCGGGCAGGGGAAAGACUACCAGAGCCCCCCACCCUCCCCCCUGCGCAGAGGCACCCAGUACCGGUCCAGCCCCCCCGUGGAGAGCAUCUGCCUGUACCGAUCACAGUCGGGCUCCCCGGUGCGCUACCAGCAGGAGCAGCUGCCCAGUCGGCCCAAGUCCCCGCUGUCCAAGAUGAGCAGCCAGCGCUCCUUCCAGCUGAGCUCGCAGCCCUCGCAGCAGCACCAGCAGCAGCAGGCGCUCCGGCUGCAGCCCGCCAUGGCCCAGAUUGUGCGAACCAACCAGCCCAGCUCGGCCGUCCACUCCAGCGCCGUGCUGGGCAGCAGCGCGUAUAGCCAGGUGGCACACUCUGUCAGCGGGCGCUACGCGCUCAGCUCCGUGGACAUCGAGAGUCGCCUUGUGUACCAGCCCUCCCUGGAUGGGCGGCCCAUGGCGCAAGUGCAGGCUAGCCUGAGCGCGGGAGCGCUGUGUCAGCACGGUGGGCGGCCGGGCUCCGUCGACUCCGGACUGGUGAAGGAUGAGCUCCCGCAGCGGCCAUCCUCCGCGUACCGUUCCGGCAGCGGGGGACCAGGGGUCCUGCGCUAUGGCCAGACUCCCCAGAUCAGCCGCAGCCAGUCGGCGGCCUACUACCCUGUUUCCAAGCACGAGCUGGAGCGUGCUGCCGGCCUGCCGCCGUGCCAGCUGGGCUCACCCGAGAUCCCCCACCUGGUGCGCCGGCCUGUCAGCGCCAACACGGCUGAGAUAAAGCAGCACCCCCCUACACCGCGGCCUCUCAUCCACUCGCAGAGCGUGGGCCUGCGUUUCUCUCCGUCCAGCAGCAGUAUCGCCGCCGGCUCUGCCUGCAGCCUGGCCCCCGGCUUCCGGCCCUCCGCCUCCGUUCAGCAGAUGGAGAUCCCGCUGCAACCAUCGUACGAUCGUGCCUGCGAUGACCUCUCGCCCGUCUCUCCUUCGCAGGGCGGUGAGGGCCGGGCAGGGGGCGUGUACCCAGGGGAGAGCGCCCGCUCGCGGACCACGCCCUUCAUGGGCAUCAUUGACAAGACGGCCCGGACCCAGCAGUACCUGCACCAGCCUUCGCGGCCCUGGGCCGUGUCCUCGCUGGACAUGGUCAUCACCAGCCCCACCUCUAGUGCAAAUCUGAUUCAACAGGGGGGCGGAGGCUCCUACAGCCCGCCCACCUCCCUUGGAAACAUCGCCUACUACAACAAGACCAACAAUGCCCAGAAUGGGCACCUCCUAGAAGACGACUACUACGCAUCUGCACAGCCGUCGUCACUGGGCAAGUUGGCCAACGGCUCGAGAGGGGACAUCCUGGAGCGGGUGAGCCAGGUGCCCACCUACCCCGACGUGAAGGUGGCGCGGACGCUGCCGGUGGCACAGGCCUUCCAGGACAACGUGUACCGGCAGCUCUCCCGCGAUUCCAGGCAGGGCCCCACUUCCCCCAUCAAACCAAAGAGACCCUUCGUGGAGUCCAAUGUGUGAGAGCGCGGGUGACAGCGGGGACCCUGGGCCAGGAGGACGAUGACGCCGUGGAGCCGUCGCACAGACGGCGCCACGCUUGCUAACUUGAGCCUAAGUUUGCACGCGUCUGUGAGCCUUAAGGAAGCGCUUUGCAGCGCUCAAUUACACUCUGUCCACAGUGGGGAUUAACGGCUGGUCCACAUGUCAUGUAAACCAAUGUAUUAGUGUGGUUUUCCAGCUGCGGUUCAUCUCGGCUCUACCACCCCCACCCCCCAUGUCACAAGGAUGCUGGAAGCCCUUAAUUUAUUUGUGGAAGACAAACUAUUGAUCUACUGUCUCCCUAGAAUUUGAGAAAAAUUGUGCUCUUAGAGCAGAGUGGAAUGUUCUGUACUGUAAAAGUAACAAGUGUGUACUUGGAAAUGGUAACAAGUCAUAUUUAUAAUUUUAAGUUAUACUUACUGUAUAUAGAUGUAUGCACUUGCAUACGUUUUGGUUUGUUUUGGUGUUCAUCAUUAGUUUUCAUACAAUUUUCAUUUUAGGCAUAAGGAGCUGACAGGGGAAGCGUACAGGAGGCGACAUCUCCAAACGUUUUGUGUCAAUUUGCCUUGGUGUAACUUUCCCUGAGCAGCGUUUUGCUGAAUUUUCCUCACAGCUGACUCUUUUCUGAGACGGCAGUUACAGAGGGAGCGCUUCCACAGUGCAGUGUGUGCUGGAGCAGUGUGUGCACUGCAGUGUGCGCUAGAGCUUGGACCCAGGACUACGGUGCCACAGGUGGAAAGAGUUCCUCGUACACGUACGUCCUCGCUGACAUCACGCUGCACAGGGGAGUGUUCAGGGCUCCGCUGUAUGAGUGUUAGGAAACGCCGAGCACACGGUGCGCGUCUCUUCGUGUUCCUCAGAAAGAGCGCAGAACGGCUGUGUUCCUUUCCCGGUCAUAUCUCGCUUCCUGGCUCUCGUGUCCACCGUUGGGAUGCGUGUGUGUGUGUGUGUCCGAACGUCCCGUUUGGAUAUGUCCCCGACCAGGACACACAAUGAUGCUUGGAUGCGGAUGCAGUCGUGCUGUUUUGGCCCCUGGAGGAACACAAACCACUUUCAUGGAGAAAUGGCUUUGGUCGCGUCGCGAUCCUUCUUCCCGUCAGCUUUCGUUCGUUACCUUUUUUACUCUGUUUGUCUCUUUUCUAACGUUCACCGAAUUCUGCACUAAAUGCCUGUGAAGUUGCUAUAGAAGGUGCACUUUACCGUUCAUUCAUUUAUCAUGAUUGUUUCGUUUUUUUAUGUUGCAUUUUGGGUGGGUUGAGGCGUCUUGUCAGACCAACAACGAUCCUGGAAACAAUGUUUGUGAGAAUUAAGAGCAAAUAACAAUCAGUUAUUGUCUUUGGUGGACCUUUUUGAAGCAAGUAACUGAAAAACAACAACAAUAAUAAUUCUAAUAAAUUUUUAAAUAUUCUAAACGAAUGAAGAUGUAAGGCCUUUAUAGCACAAAGUGUAUCUGCUGUACAUACUGGCCAAAAUGUCCCUUUCCCAGUUUUCUCAGCGAUUUUCCUCCUUUCUCACAUGCAGCCCGUCACAGGAGAGCGCUUCACCGUCCAGCGCUGAGAAACUGAGCGCCCCCAGUGCGCCCAGUGCUCCCAGAAUCUGCUCUAGUCCAGUCUAUCUCUAACUGUUCAGCUGUCCUUUUUCAGAGCAGGCGGGAAAUACUGAGCUCAAUCCAUCCCUUUGGUAGGAUUGUUCUAGAAGGACUUGGUGCACCUCGGAUGCGAGCGCACUGGAGCUUCCGGGCUGACGUUCGGUUUCAUCAGUACGGUCCUGCAGCGGACGACGGUCCAACAUGUCCAAUUAAUAGGAGAGAUUAAUGAGGAUGUUCUUCCACGGAGCUGGUGUGGAGAGUACUCUGGUUUACACCGUUUUUGUCGGGUGUCUAAGCGUACUGAUUUCUGUUACGUUACGCUGCUCUCAGAGUUGUGACCGCGGUCCUCCAACCUCCAGCAAAGCCUCCUUCCUUUCUACCUUCCUUCCUUCCGUCGGUCCCUCAACAUCUUACUUGGGAGCUGCUGAUGCUGAUGCACAAAGGCAGCCUGGCGCUUUCACAUCUUGUACUUCUUACUCAUUUUUUCCACUGCUGGAUAGGUGAUAAUGAUGUAUUUCGUACUCUUUUUACCGCGACAGAAAUGAGUUUGUGGAGCCGUGCUGAGAGCGAAGGGAGGAUGCGUUCAGGCGGCCCGCAGGAGGAGUGUCUGCUCCUGGCUCUGCUGUAUCGGAGGCCCCCGGCAGCCGGGCCUCCUUUCCGUGAACGCUGUCAGGAACCCAAUCGCUGGACAGCGAAACGGCAGCAUUUGCAACAAGGGACAUGAAGACAAAGGAUGUUUUGGGGCGUGUUUUUGUAGCUUCCCAGUGUAAAUGACUUUUGCUGCUGUACAUACUCUGGUGCAUGUUUUCUCCCUUCUAUAAGUUGAGUUGACACAUAAGUAUGAGUAUAUAUUUCCUCAUUAUGGUUUGUGAUAUCAAUAUUGUACUCAAGUAGGGAAGAGAGGAGGCACUGGAGGGGAAUUCCUCUGCAGGACUCCCCUCGCUCUCCUCUCUGCAGCCUCACCAGACAAGUGCAAAACUUCCUUUUUUAUUCGUUCAUUUUCAGUUCAGUGUAUUUGCUUGCUGAGCUCAGUUCUGUCUGUAAAUGUGAGCUGUCAGAUCGCUGUGAUAAAGUUUAAUGAAAAAGCCCAAUAAAAAAGAAUGCGUUUUUAUCUCA